AUGUCCGACGCCCUCUGGGUUUCUUUGAUCUCCGCCAUUGACCCCGGCACCGACACCAUGCCCGCUCUUCUGCAAAGCACCAUCCACCUGCUCGAGUCCGAGCUCGUCAAGGCGCGCGCGGCAUUGGAGGAAAUUCAACCCCAUGCGCCGCUCUUGCGCCUCGGCGAUGAAGUCGCCGUAGGAGCCAUGGAGGCCUACCGCCAGAACCUCAUCGGACGAGCCCCCGAUUUCUAUGGUGCACGUCGUUUGACGCCCAAGGAAUUGGGUCUCGAGCCUAUGGUGCGCGACCUGACGCCCAUGGAGAUCGUUCCGACUCCCAUUGCGCAGCCCCAGCCCGCCGCGCCGCGACGAGCACCGCUCGAGGAGAUGUUGACCAAUAGUCUGAUCCUCGAUCAUAUGGCCCCGUAUCUCUCCACCCCAUCGAUGAUGGCCCUGGCCUCGUCCUCACGGCUCCUCCACAACAUGAUCACACAAACGCCAUACCUCUUCCGUCACCUGGAUCUAUCUCGCUGCAAAGGUGCUCAGCUUCGAACGGCCACGCCGCAUGAAAAUGACACAAUGACAGAGGAUGAAUUCUAUGCGACGCCACUACGACGAAUUUUCUCCAGCCUGGAAAGAAGAUCUAUAUUGCAGGAUGUGCGCACGCUCGUUUUAGACGGCCUUCCCGUGCCGGCUGAUCUAGUGGCCGACAUUAUCCUGACGGAUCGGUUCAACAUCAACAUUCUAUCGAUCCGAGAAUGCCGUCAUCUCAACGAACGCAAGCUGAUGCAGGUCAUCCAGCAUGCCGUUCGGCCCACUCGCCCUGAGGGAAACCCCCGGGUCAAAGGCAUCUACCAUUUCUCGCCCAUGCAUAUCGCUCCACGACCUGUCCCCGAGCCAGAGUCCCUCGAACAGCUCAUCGGACAACGAAGAGGAAGAGUUCUCAAAAGCCCCCUCCCACAGCAGAAUGAAUGGUACAGCCAAUCUGGCAAGCUCUUCAAGCACAGCCUGGAGGAAGGAUGGGCCCAAACCCUCCAAAAAUGCGAGGGCAUCAUCGCUUUCGAUGCAGUCCUGUGUCGAGGGCCACGGCAUGAUGUUAGUUUGUACACCGAAAUAGACGAGGAGCACCCACCCCCAGAGGAUCCCAUGCUCGGACCCGCAGUGGCGACUGUUGCCCUGGGCCCCCGCGGCUGUGAUGGAUGCCAUAGUUCCCCCGAGGGUCCGGCCAUCUGGGGCCAAUCCCCAGACGUGCAGUUUCCGUUACUCGGCCCCAUGCCUUUGCACUUGUCGAGCGUAGCAGCCGCCAAGCGUCCUGAGCUGAUUCCAGGGCGACACCCGGUCCUGAUUGCCCGUUGUACCGACUGUCUCACCGACCGUUGGUGUCACCGGUGCAACAAAUGGUUUUGCGCAAACUGUCUGCCAAACCCCCAACACGUCAGGGCCAACUUGUCCCCGCAUCAGACCGCCAUUCGUCCACACGGGGUACCCCGACACCCCAAUCAAGAGAGACUACAGCGAGGUGUCAGCAAAGAUUGUUGGGAAUGUGGACCAACUUGUGCAUCCUGCAAGCGUGAUUGCCAGCGUACCUGUCAAAGCUGCCAGGGUGACUAUUGUAUCGAGCAUAACGAAGGCUGUUCAGCCACCAUGUGUGACUGGUGUAACACCAGUGCUCGCCACCGAAUGCGCAGCUUCCACUAA